AUGUCCAUGUGCUUUCGCACGAUGCCUGGCCGGCUGUCGUCGCUCGUCAGCGGCGGCAGCGGUCGUAAAUCGCCGUCAAAGCUCGAUCGCACUCAGCUGCAGAAGAACGUCGAAUCGUCCGCCUUUCUGAAGCAGUUCUUGGGUACGCAGAGAACACUGUCCGUGAGAGCAAAUACUGCAAGCAAAUCAGCACCUUUUGCAGGAUGUACUUUUCCUCCAAAUUUAUCAUUGGCUUAUCUUAACAUUCAUAAUCAAUGGAAUGAAAGGCUGGCCAGACAAUAUCCCGACGAGAGUAAGAGUACAUCAACGAUGCAUUGGGUCCAGAGUCCACACAGGCUGCAAAAGUUGCAGAAGAUUGGCAUUGCUCUUCCAAAGAACAAGAAACAUGUAGCUCCCAUAGGAAUCGUAUCUGACAAUAUUAACAUAUUUCAGACACAAAGUGUUGUAAGAAAUGAUAAAGAUAAUUCAUUUCUAGAUAAUAAUAGGAUGAUUCCUUUAGAAAGUUUACACAGUAGUAGAAAAACGAAUAUUGAUAAAAGUAUCUUAUUUAUUUCUGAUGAUACGAGUGCUUUAAAGACAAGCCUACAACAGUCCACAUCACCACAAGAAAACGGACGUAAACCAUCACAAGAACAACUGCAAUCUAUAGUUGAUUGUCUUAGUCAAGAUUUACCAAAUUUGUUUGUAAGACCUCUGAAUUUUUCAAUAUAUACUGACGAUCUAAUUUUUAUCAAUAAUAUUAGAGGAGUAACAACAAGGGGUCUUAUGAAUUAUUCGAAACAGUUGAUCCUAUUAAGGAUAAUUGGUCAUGUAAAAUUUGCACAUGUUAAAUUUGACAUCAUGAAGAUCACGAUGCACUCUGAAAACGAUACCGUGCAAGUUCGAUGGCGUAUACGAGGAGUCACAGGCUGGAAAGUGUUUUCUAUGUUUUGGAAAUAUAAAAUUUGGAAGAUAAAAGAUGCCAUAAAUACUAACCAAGAUAUAUGGUAUGAUGGUUUUUCCACUUUUUACGUUAAUGCCAAUGGAAAAAUCUACAAGCAUAUUACAGACAAGAUGAUGCCCGAUCAAGAUACAAUCACAAAAAAAGAAGAUCUGCGCAUCGCACCAAAGUUAGCGUUAUUCACAGGUUUCACCAGUUUAUUUAGUAAUAACGAAAAUUGAAAUAAGCUUUGCCUUAAAAUUGCAUCAGUUAACGUAAGUCACUGCUAGAAUUGUACGAUUUUAAUCAGAUCGUUACAACGAACACUGCAACAGAAGUGCUUUUUCCACAUGUCGCAUGUUGCUGACGUAUCGUUGCAUCAUCACGAAAAUGAAGAUCGGUAAUAAAUAAGAGAUGUGAAGUAAAAAAUGUACAUUACCUAACCAGUAUCUUUGUAUGAUUACAAACUAUCUAUAUUUGGUUUUUUAAUUGCUUAGUCAUAGCAAUACUGAAGUAAUUUUGCAUUAGUAUGUUUCUGUAAAGAGAUACAAUUAUAUUACAGUAUAUUUGAAAAAUGUUGAAAAAUGAAACAAUUGUUUAACAGAGUUAGUGAAAUGGUCUGUAUAUCAUAGAAUCUAUUUGUUUCACCUCUGUGGAUUGUUGAUAACACGUAAAAUAAUAAAGUAACAUUAAUGUUUCGUAAA